UUACGGCAGCAAGCCUUGAAUUUGAUUGGAGCGUUCAGUGUCGUAAACCGUGAAGUAAAACACGCGUGUACAGUUUGAGACGGCGUGUCUGUAUAUUUGCAAUCAAUAAUGGAAGCCAAACCCAAAACACAAUUUUCCCCCAAAGGGAAAAAGUUGAAACAGAAAGGCAAAGAUUCUCCUGGGAAAGGCCCGAAAAGUAGGCCACCUGGUAAAAAGCCCUUCAAACCAUACAACAAAAAGGACAUAAAGGGGAAAAUCGGGAAGAGUGGAGAUCCUGCCAAGAAACAACAAUCAUUUGUGAAAGGAGGUAAAGGGCUAAAGAGAAAACUGCCAGACGACAAAGGGGAAGGUGGACAAGGCCCAAAGAGAAAAUUCCUUGGCGGAAAAGGGGACGGAGAAGAUGGAGGUCCGCGGGCAAAGAAGUUCAAGAAAGGCGAAUUUAAGUCAAAGAAGAACAAGCAGGGACUGCAGCAGACCGAUGAAGACCUGAAUAAGAACAGGUUGCAGAAAAAGAAAGACCUGAAGAAGAGCAGACAGCAGGCAGAUCGAAAGGACAUGUACCAGAUUAUCAAUCAGGCCAAACAAAUGUGGGGAGACCUAAGAAAGAAGAAGUGUGACGGCGAUUUGAAGCGGAAGCUGAUGAAGGAUCUUCAUGAACUGAUUAAGGGGAAGUACAAGCAGAUGGCGUACGCUCACGACUCUGUGCGAGUGCUGCAGUGUUUUGUCCAGUGGGGAAGCCACGAGCAGAGACGGGAAGUGUUUGAUGAACUGAAAGAUGAUAUCAUUGCUUUGUCUAAGUCGCAGUACGGCACGCACGUGGUGAAAAAGUUGCUGAUGUACGGGAAUAAGGAGCUGGUGGCGGCGGUGAUGCAAACGUUUAAAGGGAACGUGCGAGCGAUGCUUCGCCACGCCGCCGCUUCCACCGUCAUCGAGUACGCCUACAAUGACAAAGCUGUACUUGCGCAGAGACAAAUGCUCACCGAGGAAUUAUACGGGAACGCCUUCACCAUCUGUAAGUCCUCUGUGUGCAACACCAUUGAGAAGGUUGCGGAGGCCAACCCAGAGAAGCUGCACCACAUCAUCACGGACAUGAAGCAAAUUAUUACACCAAUGGCGCAGAAAGAGCAAGUCAUCAAACAUUCUCUGGUCCACAAAGUCUUCCUGGACUUUUUCUUGUUGAGUCCCGACAAAGAGAGAGCGGAGAUGAUCGAGUCCAUAAGGGAGGCCGUCGUCUACAUGGCUCACACCCACGAUGGAGCUCGAGUGGCCAUGCACUGUCUGUGGCACGGCACCGCCAAGGACAGGAAAGUCAUCAUCAAAACGAUGAAGACGUACAUGGUGAAGUUUGCCACGGGGGAGUUUGGUCACCUGGUUCUUCUCGCCAUUUUUGACUGCGUGGACGACACCAAACUUGUUAAACAGGCCGUGUUGUCGGAGCUCUUGUCAUCUUUGGAUGAGGUCGUCGGUAACAAGUACGGCAAGAAGGUUCUGCUGUACCUACUGAGUCCCAGAGACCCCGCACACCUGCUGCCCGAGAUCAUCAAGCUGCUGGAAAAAGGAGACGGCAACCAGCACAGUAAAAAGGACACGGCCCUUCGAAGGAAGGAGCUGCUCCAGGUGGUCUCCCCGCCGCUGCUGGAUUACCUGCGCGACAACGCCGCCGCCAUGGUCAUGGACAAGGCCACCAGCGUGACGGUUAGCGACAUCUUGUCGUCGGCCUGCGGCGACCUGCGACCCGCCAUGUCGGCUGUAGCUCAGCUGGCCAAUCGGGAACUGGUGCCGGGCGGUGUCGAAGGAGAGCUCCACAUGGCAGAACAUCCUGCAGGACAUCUGGUGCUCAAAUGGCUCAUAGAGCAGGACGUCACUCUCGCCGAAGCUGGCAAAGAAGAACGCUUUUCCAGGAUCCUGGUAGACACCGUCGGGAUGGAAAACCUCAGGAGUUGGGCCAAAGUCAACAGAGGAGCCAUGGUGCUCUGCAGCCUCCUGAACAGCUGCGACAGGUCUGCGGUGGCAGACGUGAAGACGGCCUUGAAGGACUUUAAGCUCGACAGCGCCAACAGCAGCAAAGGAGCCGAAAUCCUGCUGGAAAAUUUGAGCAAAUAAACACGUCAUAUACGCCAUU